AUGAAGAGCGGACGGGAGGAGACGCCGCCUGCGCUGCCCGUUCGUCGGCUUUGCUCCAGCACAGCGCCCGCAGAGACCCCAGAUCCAGUGCGAAGCUGCAGUUGGGAAUUGUUGGAGGCAUGUCCAAAGAAGAACCUGGACCUGUCUUGGCAGGAGAGAGUACCUAUGGUGGAGGCUCGCCGUUGUCGCCUUGCAGGGAUGCUGCACUCGCGUUCAAGCUCUUUCCGCCCUGCAGGUGAGAGUCUCUACGGAGGCUCUUCGCUCCCGCCUAUCUGCAAGGAUUCCGCGGACUUCAUGCCAGAGAAGGAGAUGUGGGCCUAUUGCGACAUGUAUUCGGCCGGCGCUGACGUCUGCAAUGCGCAGACUUCAUGCUAUGGUGACCAGGGCUGGUGCCACUGCGAGAAGAAGGAAGGCUGCGUGGCCGUGGGUGGCACAUGGAUCGCGCAGACUUGCGCGAUGGAGAUGGACACCUUCAGUCCGGAGCAAAUCGAUGCGCUGAAGUUGGCGGACGUGAACGGGACUUGCGUUGACAUCUAUGCCCAGGGCAUGGCAGUCGCGGAUUUCGCAGGCUGGACGGCGCAGUCCUGCUGCCAGUCCUUCCCAGCCACCGUCUGCAACAAGACGCUCCUGCCCCAAACGCCGUGCUUGCACGAUGAGGACUUCGAGCACAACAAGACCCAGUGGGCCUGGUGCAAUCUCUACCCCACACCAACCGAGCAUGACUGCAAAGCGCAGGGCUGUGAAGGCAGCGAGUGGCACUGCCACUGCGAAGAAGAAGAGAGCUGCGUCGCCCUAGGCGGCCAGUGGUCGGAGUACCAGUGCUGGCAGGACUUGAAGUGGAUGGCAGCCACGGUGCACGAGGGCAUCGCGAAGGCCAAGCACCAGCACAGUUGCGAUGAUAUCGAAGUCUAUCACAGCAAGCUGGAAUACCAGGUGGAGUGGUUGGGCAAAUCAUGCUGUUCCUCCGGCCAGUCCGUUUGCGAGGAGCUGUAG